CCGCUCCAGGCUCUGCAGCGUCUGUGUGCUUCCCCCUCCCAGAUAGAACAGGAGCGUCUGGACAAGGUGUGGCCCAAGCUGAGGGUCCUCGCCCGAUCGUCUCCCACCGACAAGCACACUCUGGUCAAAGGGAUCAUCGACAGCAGCACCGGCGAGCAGCGGCAGGUGGUGGCCGUGACCGGGGACGGCACCAACGACGGGCCAGCCCUCAAAAAGGCAGAUGUGGGCUUUGCCAUGGGCAUUGCGGGGACUGAUGUGGCCAAGGAGGCCUCAGACAUCAUCCUGACCGAUGACAACUUCACCAGCAUCGUCAAGGCGGUCAUGUGGGGCCGGAAUGUCUACGACAGCAUCUCCAAGUUCCUGCAGUUCCAGCUGACAGUCAACGUGGUGGCCGUGAUCGUGGCCUUCACGGGGGCCUGCAUUACUCAGGACUCUCCUCUCAAAGCUGUGCAGAUGUUGUGGGUGAAUUUGAUCAUGGACACAUUUGCCUCUCUGGCCCUGGCGACAGAGCCACCCACUGAGUCACUGCUGCUACGGAAACCAUACGGCCGGGACAAGCCCCUGAUCUCCCGCACCAUGAUGAAGAACAUCCUGGGCCACGCGGUCUACCAGCUCACCAUCAUCUUCACGCUGCUGUUCGUUGGGGAGCUCUUCUUCGACAUCGACAGCGGGAGGAACGCACCCCUGCACUCUCCACCGUCAGAGCACUACACCAUCAUCUUCAACACCUUCGUCAUGAUGCAGCUUUUCAACGAGAUCAACGCCCGCAAGAUUCACGGCGAACGAAACGUCUUCCACGGCAUCUUCAGUAACCCCAUCUUCUGCACCAUCGUCCUGGGCACCUUUGCAAUUCAGAUUGUCAUCGUCCAGUUCGGCGGAAAGCCCUUCAGCUGCUGCCCCCUGUCCACGGAGCAGUGGCUCUGGUGCCUGUUCGUUGGCGUUGGGGAGCUGGUCUGGGGACAGGUCAUCGCCACCAUCCCCACCAGCCAGCUCAAGUGCCUGAAGGAAGCAGGGCACGGGCCGGGAAAGGAUGAGAUGACCGACGAGGAGCUGGCCGAGGGGGAGGAAGAGAUCGACCAUGCCGAGCGGGAGCUCCGCAGAGGCCAGAUCCUCUGGUUCCGGGGCCUCAAUCGGAUUCAGACGCAGGUAAGCCGCCGUGCCGCUUGGCUUCUCUGGCUAUCCCGCCUUGAGAGGGUGGCGAGCAAGGGCCAUCCCCGGAUGUGCCUGCUGGCUGCGGUGCUGCAGACACGGCCCACCUCUGACGCUUCCGUCAGAGCCCAGGCGGCUCUCCCCCGCGCUGGGUGCCAGUGUCAGCUAAAGACGUGUGUUGUGAUCAGCGGCUGUCUCUUGGGGUCGGGUGGAGGGGGCGCAGGCCACCCGCUGUCUGCACGGCCGCUGGGCCUUGCCUCAUUUGCCGGAAGCGGCCUGGUGACAGGGAGGUGACGUUGUUGGGAGGAG